GUCCAAUUUGAAAUCGGCUAUUGCAAACCCUAGGAUGCGUCGCCUCUUCUCCAGCGAAAGGCCUGGCAAGAAAAAUUACGAAAAUUACUAUCCGAAAGAUAAGAAGGGAAUUCCGAAAGGCGGUCAGAAAUCCGGGUCGAAAGAUGGCGCUGGUGAUCAGGGGAGUAAGCAGGACCAUUUUUUGAAGCAGAUUCAGAUUCAGGAUUUGAUCGCUCCUUUAUUGUUCGUGGGAUUUGUUUUGAUAUCGUUACUGCCACAACAACAAAAGCAGAUAAGUUUCCAAGAAUUUAAAAACACGCUACUUGAACCUGGGUUGGUGGAUCACAUUGAAGUGGCAAAUAAAUCAGUUGCAAAAGUGUAUGUGAGGAGCUCCCCACGCACUAAAGAUGAAACUAGUGAAGAUUCUGUUAAGGGGCCUGAUGACAGUUCUUCUGGAGGAGUUUCGAGCAAGUACAAGUACUAUUUUAACAUCGGGAGUGUUGACUCUUUUGAGGAAAAAUUGGAGGAAGCCCAAGAAGCCCUAGGGGUUGACAGUCAUGAUUUUGUUCCUGUAAUUUAUGUAGCGCAAGUUAAUUGGUUUGGAGAGCUGAUGAAGUAUGCGCCAACAAUCUUGCUUCUGGGAGUUUUUUGGUUCAUGGGGCGAAAAAUGCCUGGCAUUGGUGGACCAGGUGGAUCAGGUGGUAAAGGAUUAUUCAAUAUAGGAAAAGCACAGAUCACGAAAUUGGAUAAGAAUGCCAAAAACAAGGUUUUCUUUAAAGAUGUAGCUGGCUGUGAUGAGGCUAAGCAAGAAAUUAUGGAAUUUGUGCACUUCCUCAAGAACCCUAAGAAAUACGAGGAAUUGGGAGCAAAAAUUCCAAAAGGUGCCCUUCUUGUUGGCCCUCCUGGAACUGGAAAAACUCUUAUUGCAAAGGCAACAGCAAGUGAAUCCGGGGUGCCAUUUCUCUCUAUGGCUGGUUCGGAUUUUAUGGAAAUGUUUGUUGGUGUUGGGCCAUCAAGGGUUCGGAGUUUAUUUCAAGAGGCAAGACAAUGUGCACCCAGUAUAAUAUUUAUUGAUGAGAUUGAUGCAAUUGGCCGGGCAAGAGGGCGUGGAGGCUUUUCAGGUGGCAAUGAUGAGCGAGAAAGUACUCUCAAUCAGUUGCUUGUAGAAAUGGAUGGUUUUGGAACAACUUCUGGAGUUGUUGUCCUGGCUGGGACCAAUAGGCCUGAUAUUCUGGAUAAAGCACUCUUGAGGCCUGGUCGGUUUGACCGUCAAAUUACUAUUGAUAAACCAGACAUUAAAGGUCGUAACCAGAUAUUUCAGAUAUACCUGAAAAAACUCAAACUGGAUCAUGAACCGUCCCAUUACUCAGAGAGACUUGCUGCUCUGACUCCUGGAUUCGCUGGAGCAGAUAUAGCUAAUGUCUGCAAUGAAGCUGCCUUGAUUGCAGCAAGGAAUGAGAGUGCAAAGAUCACAUUGAAACAUUUUGAGGCAGCUAUUGAUCGUGUAAUUGGUGGUCUUGAAAAGAAGAAUAAGGUAAUAAGCAAGCUGGAAAGACGGACUGUUGCUUACCAUGAAGCUGGCCAUGCUGUGGCUGGUUGGUUUUUGGAACAUGCAGAACCUUUGCUCAAAGUAACUAUUGUUCCACGCGGCACAGCAGCAUUGGGGUUUGCUCAAUAUGUUCCCAAUGAAAACCUGCUUAUGACCAAAGAGCAGCUUUUUGAUAUGACAUGCAUGACCCUUGGUGGUCGAGCUUCUGAGCAGGUUUUGUUGGGGAAGAUUUCAACUGGAGCGCAGAACGACUUGGAGAAAGUGACCAAAAUGACAUAUGCCCAAGUUGCAAUAUAUGGCUUCAGCGACAAAGUGGGCCUUCUUUCUUUUCCUCAAAAUAAUGAAUUUGAGAUGAUGAAGCCUUACAGUAGCAAGACUGGUGCAAUAAUCGACAGUGAAGUUAGAGAAUGGGUGGCUAAAGCAUAUACCCGCACUAUUGAGCUGAUAGAGGAGCACAAGGAGCAUGUAGGACAGAUUGCAGAGCUGUUGCUGGAAAAGGAGGUUCUACACCAAGAAGACUUGGUCCGAGUUUUGGGAGAGCGCCCAUGGAAGUCGGAGGAGCCCACGAAUUAUGAUAAAUUUAAGCAAGGGUUCCAAGAAGAAGAUAAGGAGGCUAAACAGACAACGACUGAGGGUAAGAAUGUGAACGACGGUCAGUCACCACCUCCUCAACCUGAUCCUGCGCCUGCAUAGUGAUUAAUUCCUUACAGGGGAUGAUUAUGUUUAUAUAAAAUGAAGUUCUGUACCUUCUGAUUAGAGGCUGCCUCUUUAUUCUAACCGAUUGUAGAAGUUUGUAUAUGCAAAGGUGUCAUUUGUUUCAAG